GUAAAACAAUUAGAUUAAGGUUGUGUAGUUGGUGAAUGCAAAAAGGGGAAUGGGGAGGAGAUUAUUGUAAUUAGCUAAUGAGGCAUCAACUAUUUAUGAUCUACAGUUUACAACGACCGUUUAUAACAUAAAAACGGAGAAGCGACACAAAAAUUACACUAACGUUGGAGAUACCUCCAGAAAUGAAAGGCUUAGAGAUGUCUGUUUUAUUGACUGCUGUGCAAACAGAACUAACGAAUACCGAAAAGGUACGACUCAAUGACGAGCAUACAACAACAGGUCCCAACUUGGAACACCUUGAAAACAAAGAAAUAACGACGAAUUCUAAUUCGAAUGAAACAAUUGCCGACUUGGCAAGCUUUAACCAACAUGACACAAUAACUGGUACACAAAAAAUCCCAGUUAUUAAAUCGACGAGCGAUAGUGAUUACUCAAAAACAUCGAAAGGAACCGAAAAUGACAUGAAAAAAAAACCUUACGGAGGACGACCACUUCGUUUCCAAUGUCCCAAUUGUGAACGUAGAUUCCAUGCUCCAAGUCACUUAAAACGACACAUGUUGUGCCAUAGCUCAGAACGACCUUUCCAAUGUCACAUAUGCAAGAAAGGUUUUCUACAAGCUUGGCAUUUGGGACGCCAUAUGACAACACACACCGGUAAUAAGCCGUUCAACUGUCCGGAAUGUCCGAAAUCGUUUGGCAGUCGAUUUGAGAUGAAGACACAUUGCAAUUACAUCCAUCGUGGGAUUAAGGAACAUGAAUGCAGCGUGUGUAAAAAGAUGUUUACGUUGCGUAGCAACUUGAAAGUGCACAUGCGCAAACAUACUGGCGAAAAACCGUACGAAUGUCACAUCUGCUUGAAGAAGUUCGGGCAACGAGGACAUCUUCAGUAUCAUGUUAGAAAACACACCAAUGCUGUCGAAAAAGAAGAGCAGAGAGACAAUCAAAGCAUUGAUUCGCUGUCUGAUCAGUGUUCACCAACAAUGGCUGACUAUAGAAGAAGAAGCGAAAAGGAGGAGAGCCAAGCCAAUUACGACAGCGGAGUUGAAGUUGAAUCCAUCAGUAGUGACAGAAGCUCUCCGAAACGAGUUUUAACAGAUCAAUUUGACGAGACACCCAGGACAAGUCCUACACACAUUUCUCUGAAGAGGUAUUCAUCCUUGAAAGAAUAUGAACGAGAAUACAUAGCAGAAGUUCCAACCACGCCAUUAUCGGGAAGAAUGUUUGACCACACCAACCCACUCGAGUUGAAGCCUUUUGUGUGCGACUCGUGUAACUGUGGUUUUGCUGAAAUCAGCUCUUUGAGAGCACACGUGCGUCAUUCACAUCCUAAAAAAGGAAUCACCAUCGGAUCAUACUCCUGCGCUUACUGUAGCCAGUCCUUUGAAGAAAUUGAUCAUCUUAGAGAGCAUUUUCAGGUAAGACACAGAUUAAAUGAAGUUAUUACUAAUAAGCCUAUAUCACCCGUAAAAUCAUUGUUUAUUGGAGAGAAACGACGCAAUACACUGGAGGAGAGGCGGGAGGGUGCUUUCUAUCCAGUGAAACGAUCUCGCUCAGCACCUACCCAUUCACCAGAAUCAGCAUGUUUUGAUAUAACAUACGAUUGUAAGCCAGGAAGAGCUAUUACUGAACGAAGCUUUCAAGACACUGCGCUGGAGAGUUGUUCAUGUUGUCCAAAACCACGUGACAUGACGAAACACUUCUACUCAGGUGUUGUCCAGGAAAGAUAUCUGUAUUAUUUGGAACAGUAUCAGCGCUUGUUGGAAUCGCACGUCGAUUUGAUUGAUGCACUACAUGCAAAAUAAACGUUAAAUUUUAUUUUUAUUUUCAUUUCACUUCAGGUUUUUUCAUUGGCAGAGAAACUUGCCAGGUCACCUGUCAUCUUAUUGCAUAGAGUGGUUUUUUAUGUUAUGUUUUGUUUUUAAUUUUUAUUUCUUUCUGUUAGUGUGAUGACAGCAUAUGGUAAUAUGCAAAAAUAUUUUUUUACAAUUUUAUUAAUAUUUAUUACGAUAGUGACAGAACUAUCUAACGUAUUGAACCUGAUUACGCCAUCCUCUUACAGGCGCAUGAGGGCGUCAAAAGGGUAGGCGUUAACUCAGGGUGGCGUAAUAAGGAUCAAGAAUCAAUAUUUACUUUUUUAUAAUUUUUUGUUAACUGACAAAUGGGAUUUUAUCCUAAUAUGACAAAUUCUCAAUUUGAGAAUGAUUCAACCAUUUUAACAUCACGCCCUUGGCGCACAUUUCUCUGUCGUGUGAGGAUGCACCCUCCAUCGCAUUUUAACGCAUAGUUUCCCCCCUGACGAGGGAUCAAGCCUCCAAAAAUCUAAUAUUUUAGAACAAUAAAAGAUCUGAGGCGUUUUUACUUCUUUUUGGAAAUAAUUUAGAGUCGUAACAAACUUGACUGAAACUUACAAUUUUUUUUUAAGAAUUAAAUUUAGAAUCUUAAGACUUCAAAAUGUUGCGAAAACAAAUAGUUAUUUUGAACCACAAACACAGUUUAUCAUCAUUGUCAUCAUUUUUUUUAUCAUCAUCAUUUUUACAAUCAAAAUAGGCUUUCUAAACGGUCUCAACUUCAGAGAUACUUUGGACAAAAGAAAAACAAAACGUUUAAAAUGUAAAAAUUCUCAGCACUUAUGUCGGUGUGAUUCUUGUAACCAAGUGUGUCGAAUUUUGAGCCUUAGUCUUCCACUUUGAAUUUUUGUCUAAGUGUUCCCUCUUUUCUUUAAUUAGCAUAUUUUCUUACUUAUGAAAAAUGAAUAGAUUUUACUUAACCGGUUGGUGUUGAAGACUUUUUUACUUUCUUAAAAAUGCUUUCUCUUUUUUUUUGAAGUCAGUUUUUCAAAAUAUUUUUUCACGCCAAGUUAUUUUGUUGCUCGCAUAGAUUAAUUUUCUUUAUCUUCUUUUAAACACACUCGCAGUGCAAGUAUCAAAUAGCGGACUACUUCUAAUUAAGUAUUGUACCUUUAUUUCCACGACUUUAUAUUAUAUUUAAUUUCUUUAUGCUUUUAUCUUCCGAAAAAAAAACUUUAUGAGGAAAUAGAAUGAAAUUUUGUUCUGUUUA